AUUUAGAUUGUUGUUUCUUGGUAUACUCGUCGAUUUCUAUUGGUUGUUCAUGAUCAUGUGAUUAAAUUUUGAUAUUUUUCUUUGUACGAAAUCAAUCCGGAUAUAUCAAGAAAACACAGCUCCUCAGUAAUCGGCCAUCUUACAUUGGGGUUUUAAAGUAAAGUUACAAAAUCAACGUUAUACGUAAAUAAUUUCGCUGUAAUAGUUAGUUAUAUUGAACUCUAAGCUUAAAACUGUAGUGUUUAAGACUGUAUUUGUUAAAGGUUUAACAGAACUUAGCAAAAUGAGCUUGAAUAAGGUGUGUUGACAUCGUAGAAUUAGUGACAUUCGUGUCCUCCGCUAAACUUGGUGCUUUAGGCGGAGUGUACUAUUAAAGUCGGAGCCCUGGAAGGCUUAAAAGUUCAAACCAUGGGCAACAAUGCCGCUACGGCGAAUAAAAAAGUAGAUUCCGCGGAGAGCGUUAAGGAGUUCCUAGACCAAGCGAAGGAAGACUUUGAGGAGAAAUGGAAGAGAAAUCCCACAAAUACUGCAAGUCUAGAUGAUUUCGAACGAAUUAAGACCCUUGGCACGGGUUCAUUCGGCCGGGUCAUGAUAGUGCAGCACAAACCAACUAAAGAAUAUUAUGCAAUGAAAAUAUUAGAUAAACAAAAAGUUGUCAAAUUGAAGCAAGUGGAGCAUACCUUGAACGAGAAGAGAAUUUUACAAGCCAUCAGCUUCCCUUUUCUUGUAAGUCUAAAGUUCCAUUUUAAAGACAAUUCGAAUCUAUAUAUGGUGCUUGAAUAUGUGCCUGGUGGUGAAAUGUUUUCCCACCUUCGGAAAGUUGGUCGAUUUUCUGAACCACACUCUCGUUUCUAUGCAGCUCAAAUAGUGUUGGCUUUUGAAUAUCUUCACUACUUAGAUCUGAUUUACAGAGAUCUGAAACCUGAGAAUUUACUGAUCGACUCUCAGGGUUACCUUAAAGUUACUGAUUUCGGUUUCGCUAAAAGAGUCAAAGGCCGUACUUGGACCCUAUGCGGAACUCCAGAAUAUCUUGCUCCAGAAAUCAUUCUUAGUAAGGGUUACAACAAAGCAGUAGACUGGUGGGCUCUAGGAGUAUUAGUUUAUGAAAUGGCAGCUGGCUAUCCUCCUUUCUUUGCUGAUCAGCCAAUACAGAUCUAUGAAAAAAUAGUUUCGGGAAAAGUUCGUUUUCCAUCUCAUUUCGGUUCCGACUUGAAAGAUUUGUUACGCAAUUUACUCCAAGUUGACUUGACAAAAAGAUAUGGCAACUUGAAAGCUGGAGUGAAUGAUAUUAAAGGUCACAAAUGGUUCGCUUCGACUGACUGGAUUUCGACUUUCCAAAAAAAGAUUGAAGCCCCCUUUAUACCACGAUGCAAGGGACCCGGAGACACUAGUAAUUUUGAUGACUAUGAAGAAGAAGCCUUACGCAUCUCCUCGACAGAAAAGUGCGCCAAGGAAUUUGCAGAGUUUUGAAGAGUCGAGUACUAUAUAAUUUAUGUAAGUAGCCUUGCCACUGUCUCAGGCUGGUGACAGACUGCUGCCCGGGGCUCUUCCAUUAACUGGUUUGUGCUUGCUUGAUUGGUCCUCUGUACUUUCUAGAAGCUGGAGUUAACAGAAAAAAUAAUUAAAGUUAAUAUUUAACAUCUAAAGAAGUGAGUAAAUGCAAUCUUAAUAUUCAAAAUGAAUAGGGUCAGAUUAGGUAUUUAUGUCUUAUGACAUUUCGAUACUAAUUUUUCUUUGCGUUUGUAAACAAUUCUGACAUUUAACAGAUCUGAUAUGCAGCUAAGCUGUUUGUUAUUAAGUAAAAGAGACAAUUUUGCAAGAAACAAGAAGAAAAAGUAUAGUUGCUUUGUUGUUGAGAAUUAGUUUAGAAAAACCAUUUUUAAUGCUUUUUGAUCCAUUUAAUACCAAUAUUAUAGAUAUUUAAAUUUAACCUUUUGAAGAAGUUUAUAGUUCUAUUGCAGAUGUUAAAAAGUCUAUUACGAGUUAAAGUUACUUUUAAAAAUAUUAACUAGAGCUUCACUUUUUCUAGUAGCUAGUUAUUGUUAUUUGUACUUAAAGCUAUUAUGUCUACUGCUACUGGAUCAGAGCUAUACUUUGUAGAGAUUGCGAAGCACAGACUUUUGUCUUUGCUCCAGCUCUCGUACAAGCCAGUCGCAGUGAAGAGGUUCAGCCUUUAUUCUGUAUAUAUUAUAGAAUUGUGUGCUUUAAAAAAAUAGAGUGUUUUAAAUCUCCUAAAACCGAUCCUAAAGAAAGUCAAUAUUUGAACCUUAUGUUUCUCUGUUCUCAGUUUAUUCUAUCAAAGAAAUACUUAAUUCAUUAAUUGUAUAUAACAAAGAAGUCCACCUAUAUUUUUGUUUUGAUAUAAAUUAAAAAGAAACAUGCAAGCUUCUCAGAAAUCAAUAUUUUAUCAGAUAAAAUUUGAAGUAUGCCAAAUGCUUUACAGUAUACAGUUAAGAAUUUGUAGCAAGAACUAAACUCAUUAAAAUAUUCUUAAAAACAUCUUUGUUUAUACCAAUAUAAUAUCUGUACCGAUAAGUAAAAAGUUCUUAAGUCAAAAAAUAUCAAUUUUGACUAAGUUUUUUAGUACAUUAAAAAAAUUGCUAAAUGGACUAAUGACUAAAAAAAAUGGACUGAUUUUCAUCUCUAUUGUAUACUUCAAAAAAUGCGUUAAAAAGCGUCAAAAUUCAAUCGAUUUUCAUUGCUUUUUAAUUUUUUAACACUUUCAGCACCACGCUAGCUCACAAAAUUUUCAUUCUGGGCCAAAAUGUUUUUUUGGGUGAAUGGGUUCAAAUACUUAUGUACUACAAUAACAUUUUUCAUAUGAAUUUCUAGUUACAUACAACCUAUCUUUUCAUGUCUAAGGCCAAACCCAGUUAUACCAGGAAAUUGGCUCAGGCCAAAACAUUAUUCUCUACAUAUAAAAACUUAAGAAAGUGUGUCCUUUUAGGAGACACAACAGAUCGCACAAAACGAGCGAUGUGUAUCUUUUUCAGUACACAGCGUUGAGGACAUUGUGUAUCUAAAAGGAUACACUGGCGCUGAGGGUGUUGAAAGUUACCUAUUCAAAAUCGAUAUGUUUUGACUUACGACCUUUUUACUUAUCAGUGCAGACAAACAUAUUCCUCUUGGGUUCUUGGACAAGCAAUUUACUGAACAUAUCUCACUCAAAUUUCAGUAAAUUAUGGACUGGUUUUGUUUAUACAAUUAUUUAUUCCAUUUGAACCUUUGACAACAUUUAUUAUGUCAUUUUUGAUGCAAUAAAACAACAACCUCUCUUAACUCGAAGACCUUGGGAGAAAAUAUCGGUAGAAAAAAAUAAUAGCUUGGCAGUAUAUACCUGUUUUUUGUCUAUUAACUUCGGCUUCUGUGUACUUUUUGAUAGCACUUUGAUACCAAGAAUUCAAUGGAGUUUUAUGUAUUUAAUAUCAGCAAGUGUGGUCAACUUAUGGUUUGAUUUGAUAAAAAUGUGUAAUGGCUAGUCCGAAAUAGUGAUUUUUAGGGAUUUCACAAUUACCUAAAGGUAUCUAUAAUGUGUAUGACAUGAAUUUUUAUUUAUAUUUUAAAGGACACUGCACACAUCUUAUGGAAAAUAUAAUGUCACUCAAAUUCAAUAAAAUUUACAUGAAUAGAUUCGUCUUGAAAUUACGAUCACUUCAUAUCAUUGUGCCAACUCUGAAUAUUUUGCUUAAUAACGGCAUAAAUUGAUAUAAAUAAAUCUAAAAUCAAAUGGGUACAUAAUGUGUAAGUUAGAGAAAAAAGAUUUUAUAAUUCGGUAUGCCAUAAAUAUUCUGCAGGUCAGUCCUACCAUAGCUCACACUGGGUUUAAGCUGUUUUGAUUAGCACCUUGACUAAUAGUAUUUAUGAAUGACACUUAUAUGGACUUAAAAAUGUGAUUUUAAUGUAAAUUUUAAUUACAAUUUGCAUCGUUAUUAAUAAAAAUUCAUAGUUGACGCAAUGAUAUGAAAUGAUCGUAAUUUCGAGACAAAUCUAUUCUUGUAAAUUUUAUUGAAUUUGAGUGAGUGACAUGAUAUUUUCCAUAAGAUGUGUGUGCUGUCCUCUCAAUUUAUUUUCUGUUCUUUUUGCCUAAAGAGCAUAUAUGAAUAUAUUGCAUAUACAUGGUGUAAUACAAAUAGGAACAGUAUUCAAAGCAAGAAAUUAAAUAUACAACAAAUUUGCUUAGCAGAUAUAUGUGUGUCAAUAUCAGAUACAAAUUAGAAUUGAUAAGGCAUAUACUUUCUCUCCUAUGGUGCUACAGCCCAACUCCGCAGCAUCCGCCUCCAAGUCUCUCUAUCCCUGGAUGAUCUUCUCCAGUUAUCCAUCCUCAAUAUCUCUUUAGCAUCGGUUCUCACUUCGUCUAUCCACCUCUUCCUUGGUCUUCAUACCUACUGGACGACAUCCCACCAUAGUUUGGCUAAACAUUCUACUAGGUGUUCUGUCAUUCUCCAUUCUUAUAAGGUGACCUGCCCAGCGCAAUCUUUGUAUUUUUGCAUAAUUUGCUAUAGAGUAUAGAGCAGAGGUUCCCAAACAGUGAGCCGCAGCACACUGGUGUGCCCUGAAGUCCCUGUAGGUGUGCUGCGAAAUUUGAUUAUACUUGCUAUCAUUAUAGAGAUUAUUUACCCAAGUGUGCCGUGGCUGAACCAGUUUUUAAGUUAGUGUGCCUCAAGCUAAAAAAGGUUGGAAACCACUGGUAUAGAGGGUUUUUUGUAAUAAUGGUAUAACUUGUGGUUGAACCUUAUUCUCCUUAUACCAUUGUCGCAAAUCAGUCCCAAUAUCCUCCUUAAUACUGUUCAAAAGUAUUAAUAAGGUUUAUUGUAUUUGAUCUCAUGAUCCAACAAGGCAUACACAGGGUAUCAAAAAUUGAAGAAAAAAAUGCUAAUUUUUGAUAGUUGCAGUUGAAUAAUAGAUUUCUUAACAAUGAAAACAAUUCAUUUUUGUCUGUUUACAUUGUUGCAAAGCUGACUGUGAUAGCAAAAUGCUCCUAUAGGUGGUUUGUUCAGCUUGUGAGUAUUAUGAUAGAUUCAUUGUUGGAAACAUCUUCCACUCAUAUCUAAUUCCAUCCCUCCUUGUGGAGUAUUGGGCACAUAUGUUUCUUAGCCAAAAGUGUAAUAAGAGAUAUAAUAAAAAAAUAAUGAGACAAUGGAAAAUAGUGGCAUAGGAACUACAAAUAUGGAAGGCAAUAGUAAACGUGGCACAUACUCAAAGAAGAGUUGUACAUUGAUUAUGAUUCAUCAAUUUUCUCAUUUAAAGACAAAUAUUAGAUGGAACUAGAAUAUAAUUUAAGGGUAAGUUGUAUCAGAUCAUAUUGAGAGGAGGUAGGUUUGCUAUAUAGAUGCCACGAUUGUCUUAAUUUUUUAUCAGUGUUACCUUUAAGGAUUGAUAAUGCGUCUGACCUGCAAAAUUUCUAACAUCAUAUGUUAUAAAUUUUGCACACCAGCAUCAGUGCUUUUACCUAGACCAAAUACAAAAUAAAAUAUAAUUGGGAUGAAAAACAUGUAAUAUUAUAUUUCUUUAAUUUAGGACACCCUGUAUAUAUCUAUGUAAUUCUGGUAGCUACCAUUGACUUUGACUAUAGAUUUGCUGUCAAACCAAUUUUCAGUAUUGUUAACUUUUCUCCCAGUACACGGGUACACCCUGUAUUUUGUUUAUUGUUUGAAAACAUCACGUGAUUGUAUUAUGCAGUACAUUGUUUUUAGAACUUUUAUUAAGGCAUAAAGUUUAUUGUUCAUGAAUAUUCAAACAAAAGUUUUAAUAAUGCUAUUAAAAUAAAAAAAAUCACAGGUUUUGCUAAAAUAUAUAUCCUAACUAAAUGAUAACCAUUUAUUACAUUGUACAAUUUUGAGUGAUCAAAUUGCAAUGUUCAUUAAAAAACAGAUCUGCAUAAAUUCCCAUACACAUACCCUUGAACACUACGAAUAUGUUUACCUGAAGUGUUAAAAAUGUAGUUUUUAAUUAAGAAGCUAAUGAAAAUGAAGUAAAAUAUUAUUUUUGUGUAAACGCUAUUUUUGUUUUAUCUUUUUGUGAUAUUUUUAAUCGUGUAUUCCUAUUUAUGGUUUAUCAAAUAUGUAUUAUACAGAGAUCUACAAUAUUUCUUUAAUAAUAACAGUUUUAUCUAUUAUGAAAAUCUUUUAUUUAUUUACUAUUGGUUCUACAUAUUGCAACAGUACAUAUUGCUAAGGUAAUACUGACUAGUACUAAGGAGGUCUUCUUCCCCAAAGAUCAGUUUCUUCUCAUAUCUUCCUAUGAUCUCUCUGGCAUUUGGUGGUAAGACCUUUGUAAGAUACCUUGUUUUUUUUUCAUUAAACAGUAAAGCCUGUGGCCUCAACAAAGACCAACAGUUUUCUUAUUCCUGCCGUUCCUGAACUUGGCAGUUUUUGGAUUUUUUCUGAUUCAAUCCUCAGUUGACCAGCGAAUUCCCGGCUCAUUGCAAUGGCAUAGGAUGGCAGUUUCUUCUUCCAUUCUCUGCUCCAUGGUUCAUUCACCUUACCUAGUUUGUGUAGGUGUUUUCUUAAACAAUGAUGUCCAGUCACAUUUAAACAACUAUUUUGAUCUCUUGUUGAUUGAGGUUGAAGAUUUAUUAUAAUUACAUAUUUGCUCAAAGACUCCUAAUUAUGUACCAUCAGUACCGGCGCUAGGGUAUAAGGUGCCCGCCUGCAAAACUAGUAUAGGUGCCCUCCGGUUUUUUUUACAUUAGUGUUUUCUAUAAUAGAAGCCACAAAAAGCUCACUUUGGCGCCCUCCAAGCAAGGGCGGCUGCCUGCAGUGCAUCCCUUGCAGGCCCGUUAUCGCCGGCCCUGUGUACCAUGGACAGUUUUAGGUCUAUCUGUGAACCAUAUUAAGUCUCCAUUAAUAUUUAGAACUUUUUGUUCUCUAGACAGACGGUAUAAUUGUGUUAAACUUUUCAGUUAAGAUUAGUUUUGGUGUCGUCAUAUCUGAGUUCAUCAUAAAGAUGGAUUCCUUAAGUAUAGUCAGACAGUAAUAUUUGUGUGUCUAUUCAAUAUCAUUACAUAAUUUCGGCCUCCAAGUAUUGUGUGCGUUAUACCCCAGGAUAGCCUAUGCCGUUCCUGAACUAUUCAAGGCUCCUGUUAUAUAUUAUAGUAGAUAUGCUAUUGUAGAUAAGGAAAGUCUUUUUAUUGUCUCUUUAAGUGUUAAUCUGCUUUUUUUUACUUAUUUCUACUUUUGUGGAUAAUCAUUUAUUAACCAAUGUUCUCGUAUAUUACUUAUAUACAGUAAAUACCAGUUAAAUAAAAACUGGCUGAUCUUUGUGAAGAAUUUUUAUUUUUUAGAUCGGUUUAUAUUUUUUAUAAAUUACUCUUGAAGUUUUCAGAAUAUAAUAAUAUGUAGAUUUUACUGGUUUUGGUAAAAGUUCUGUAUGUUGAGAAUAGUACUUGUAAUGAUUUAAUUAAUACUAGUAGACCCCAAAAUAGCAACUUUAGAAUUCAAGGACUUAGCUAUUUACAUAAAAUUUUAAUGAACAACAUUCAAGAAUUGUUUAGAUUUUAUUUUUGAUAAUAAAAUACACUUAAAUAGAGUACCAUUAAGAUAAUGAGUACAUACUUUCUGACAAGAUGAUGAAGCCUAAUCAUUAUUGAUUAUUGAUUUAAAACUUGAGAUGAUUAUAUAGAAAAUAUUGACAUGUCAAUAAUACCUCAAGAUAUAUAGGUCUUAUCAGCAGUAGCAGUUUUGUAAUACACUUACAAACAUGAAAGAAAUACAUUUUGUGGAAUAAUUUUCAAUUUUUAUAUUAGUUUGAAUAAAACAUCCCUGAAAAGGUAUUUUAUGUUAAAAAUGCAAUAUAUUAAAAGCAAAUCUAGUAAAAUAUGAGAAGUGAUAGGCAGAUGUGAGAACAACUUUAUACAAACCUAAAUAUGGUGGAUAAAUUCCAUUAUCAUCAUCUUUGGCUUCACAAUCCUUUUUGAAUCCUGGCCUGCUCCAAGAUUCAUUACCAUUCUAUUCGGUUUCUGGUGAACUGUUGCCAUCUUCUAAUAUUUAAUAUCCUUAAGUUGGUCUCAACUCCAUUUAACCACCUAAUUUGCAAUCAACCACUGUUUCUUCUUCCUACAGGUGUUACUAUGGUUAGCUUUUUAGCAAUCGUGUUGUCUAGCAUUCAGUCAUUGCUGAAUAUCUUAUGCUUGAGUAUUCCCACUUUUGCUGAGUAUUUUAUGAUUGAGUAUUCCCACUUUUGCUGGGUAUUUUAUGCUUGAGUAUUCCCAAAAGUAUUUUAUCCUUCUGCGUUAAAGUCCACGUUUCUGCCCCAUAUGUGAGGACUGAUCUUAGCAGUGUUUUGUACAUAAUUGGUGAAUAAAUUCCAUAGUUAUAAAAAUAUCGUAAGUAUUGUUAAGGAGAAAAAAUAGAUACUCAUUACAGUAUGUCAACCCAACAAAAAAAUGGCAGCCAUAGCUCCAGUGGCCUAGGUAGGUACUGGCAUAAAACGCCAGAUGGCCAAGUUUCAAACUUGGCACAGACACCAGAAAUUUUUCAAUUUCUAAUUUAACUGAGCUGCCACCAGGCUUUGGAGGACAUGUAAAGUAAUCAGUCCUGACUAUGUAAGUAGUUGUUAACACUAGAAACUGAAGCAGUAGGUUACAUGAAAAAUAAUGUACAAUAAGCCGAUUGGCUACAGUGCUUCUUCUUCUUUAAUUGCUGUGUCUGUAUUCAGAUGUUGGCCGUUAUCAUGUUUACAAGUUUCUGAAACCUUUCUCUAUCGGCUGCUGCGUGAAAUAAUUCUUCUAUCGUGGAACCACACCAUUGUCUGAUAUUACGCAACCAUGAAAGUUUCUUUCGACCAAUCCAUCUCUUUUCCUCCACUUUUCCUUGUAUUAUAAGGCGAAGUGGAUGGUAUUUAGGUCUUCUAAUUAUAUAGCCGAAGUAUUCUGUUUUUCUCCUCUUUAUGAUGUUUAUAAGCGGACAUUCUGAAUUCAUCAUUUGGAGAACAUCUUCAUUGGAAGUGUGCAAAACCCAUGAUAUCUUUAAGAUUCGUCAAUAGCGCCACAAUUCGAAUGCUUCUAAUUUAUUUAGCAUUGUGGUUUUUAACGUCCAGGUCUCACAAUCAUACAAUAAUAUUAACCACACUUAACAUUUUAGAACCUUCUUGCGAAUACAUAUUCAUCGACAGGCUUCGGUUACAUAAAACUUGUUUCCAGGACAUAAAAGCCUUAAGUGAUAUUUCAAUCCUAGUUAUUAGCUACCGAUGCGACCAGUUAUAAUACCAAACAGCUCCCAAGAAAAAAAAAACCAAAUAUAUUCAUUACUCUUUGUAUCCACUAGUAAAUUUUUAAAAUAUCUACAAUUUUACAAAUAAUAAAAAAAGAAAUGUAAGAACUAUUGUUCACUUAAAAACGAAAACAAAAUAUAAUACCAUUAUUUUGUAAUUUUGAAAUCCCUGUGUCUUGUUAUCCAUGUAUUUAUAUAAUUUACAUUAUUUUUAACAUUUGCUGACUUUUAAAAAAUUAUUAAGACUGUAUUUUUGUUAUUGUCUUAUAUAAUGCAUUUUCGCAAAAGUAUGAUGGCAAAUAUUUUUCCAAUGUUAUUACAUAUCAGGAAUAAGUGUUUUUAAAAAACAAGUAUACCAGUUGCUUAAAUUCAGUAAUAUUUAACCAAAAGCAGAUGUUAAUGCAAAGAUACUGAAUGAAGACUAGCGCAACAAAAUUUUGUAGAUCUGAGUCUUUGAUCUCUAAUAAUAAUGCAUGAUGUAAAUCAAUGAGUGGAAUCAUUAAAACAUGUUACAGUUGAUAAAAAAAAGUCAAUACUGUGUUGCUUAUGUACUUGUAUAAAUUCCACCAAAAGUUGAUCAGUGACAGCUUAUAGAUCACUGAUAAAAUAUCUUUCCCAGUAAGAUAAUCUCAUUUAUUUUUGUUGGAAUGUGGUAAUUUAUUAUAGCUUUUCAUUUUUUAUCCUUAUUACAGUCGGAAAAAUGAAAGAAUACCCAUGAACGAUCACAUCAAUCACAUAUUAUUCAGAUUAUUAAUAAUCUAUCUCUCUCGUUUGUUAUUUAUGAAAAAAAAAGCAGCAAAUACAAAAUAUGUUAGUGAUGUGAUCGUUCAUGUAGUAUCUCAAAGGAAGAUUAGUAUCUAGUUUCAGUAGUAUCUCAAAGUGAAGGAAUAAUAAUUAACGAAAGAUCUAUUAACAACAUAAGAUAUGCAGAUGACACCGUGAUUAUGGCAAGCUCUGCUGAACAACUACAAUUACUGCUAAACAAAACAAACAGUUUCUGUGAAAAAUAUGGAUUAAAAAUUAAUAUAAAAGACCAAAUACAUGGUAAUAACAAAGAAAACAAAUAUACAAACAUACAUUUGGGAAAUCUACCCAUAGAAAGGGUUUACAAAUACAAAUACCUAGGAACCUGUAUUUCAGACAAUAAUGAUCAAACAACAGAAAUAAUGGCGAGGAUGUACAUAGCAAGAAAUGUGUUUGUAAAAAUGAAUACAAUUCUCUGAAACAAAGAUCUUAGAUUAGAACUGAGAGUAAGAGUUUUGAGAUGCUAUGUGUUUUCGAUACUGCAAUAUGGACUUUAAAGCUGGACAUUAAAGCAAGAACACAUAAAUAAGCUAUAGUCCUUUGAAAUGUGGUGCCAUAGGAGGAUGCUUAAAAUAGCAUGGACACAGAAGAAAACUAACACGGAAGUACUGCGAGAAAUGGGCAAAGAAAACGAAAUAAACACAAUAAGAAUAAGAAAGUUACAAUAUCUGGGACACGUAAUGAGGGGACAGCGAUAUGAACUGCUAACACUGAUAAUACAGGGAAAGAUAGGAGGAAAGUGUAUAGGAAGAAGGAGUGUUCUGGUUGAAGAAUUUAAGGGGCUGGUUUAAAUGCAGUUAAUAAAGUAAAGUAAAAGUUAAAUAAAGUAAAGAUGUUGAUAAAAGGCUAGUAAGACUAAUUUUUUACUUGUCUAAAGAAAUAAGUGGAAUCAUAUGAACAAUAUGUUAUAAUGUACAGAGAUUGGAAAGUGAAAAAACUUAUAUGGAAAGAAAAAAUUAGCAACAUAAAUAAGUCUACCAAAAACUGAACAGUGAUGAGUUAUAUUUUUCCCAGUAAGAUUAAUAAGAAACACCAAUUUUUAUCGGAAUGUGAUAGUUUAUAAUAUUUUUUAACUCAUGUCAUCAUUCCUGAUGAAGAUUCAUUGUGUAGGAGUGUAGGUUUAUAAGUACUGCCAAAACAUUUAUGUUGUAUUAAAAAGUAUCAUAACAAAAACACAGUGUUAAUAAUAAACGAAAACUAAAUGUUUACACAAAAUAUUUACUUGUACUGAAUAUAUCACAAAAAACAAUUUUAAAAUUUGUUGAUCAAUGUUUUUUGUCCGCUUCAUAAUUCAAGAGGUAAUGCAAGGAAAAACUGCUGUAAAAAUCAAUUUCAUGAUCUGUAGAACUAGUACUAUUCUGUAGACAUAGAAAUUGAACCGUUUGGUAAAUUUUGGAUGUGAUGUAAAAUAGAAAAGGAAACCAGUGGCAUUUAGUUUUAUUUAAGAUGUUGUCUCUUUACCUAUUUAACGUUUCUAAAUCUACAGAUUUUCUGGACAGGUUUAGUAUCCUUGGGUCAAUAGUUUAAGAAAUAAAUAAUUGUAUACUGUAUGUGUACCCAUAGUUUUUGUCUGUAACAGAUUUCCAUUUCAAUCAAUUUGAGAGUCAUAAUCUCCUCAGAACAAGUACACAUAUCUGAAGAGAUUCGAGGGCCCAAAAGCUUACGACGAUUGAUAUCACCUAUGUUCAAAAUUAAGAACACCUUGUAAUGAAAUAUUUAGCAACACAUUUUUAUAUACAGUGAGCGCCACACUAGUAGACCCACGGGUACCUAAUUGCUAGGCUUGGGCUAAUCCGGCCUGUUCUCACCCGUGACUUUCAUGUCUGUCAUGCCAUGUUACUGUCAUAAAAUUCAAAUACCAACAGUAUUACAAUACUUUAUAACUUUUAAAACUUUAACACAAUUGCAACUAUAAACUUCAAAUACAACUGUUCUAUAAACUCUCAAAUUUCUCUGGUGUUAUAUUGGUUUUAUUAUUUUAUUAUUUAAUUAGGGCAUUCCAACAUGCUGUCAAAAUUAAUAUGGCGGCUGGGAGGCAAACAUAAAUGUUAUUCUAUCAGUUCUUAAUGUGUUUUAGAUCAUUUUAGUUGCGUUUCUUUGUAAUUUUGUUUUGUAAAAUGAUUGAUUUAACAUUUUCACUGGAUGAAUUAAUUUAAAAAGAUAAUAUGCCUCAUUUCUGUUGUGUUUUAAAGUGUGGAAUGCGAAGAAGUGAUCAUGAUCAACUUUAUCGGUUGUCAUCAGUGCUACAUUUUAAGCAUAAAACAACUAAAUAAGUUAUCUGAGACAAAAACAAGGGUUAAAUGCUAUAAAACUUGCUAUAAAAAUGCUAAAUAACUAACAUGUCCAUGCUACUUACGCUUGGAAAACACUCUCCACCGUAGGUUAAGUCAGACCCCUUGAGGGAAUUAUAUUAUUUAUUUUGGGGAAUCUUUUGCUUGUACCUACUAGCAACAUCUGUAUUGUCUACCAACUACUUUCUAAAAUAUUCACUCAUGUUUGUUUAUUCACUGCUUAAAACUAAAUAAAGUCGUUCAAGUACUUCUACAACUAAAAACUACCCAAAAUCUACAACAAAAUGUUCGAAAAAUACAACUAAAAAAUUGUUAACCGUAAAAAACUUAAGAAACAAUGUGGUACAAAUAUAAAUAAAUGCAAUGUUUGACAGUUUGACUCCCAGCGGUUUCAUACACGUUCAAAGUCUUGGAAUGGCCUAUACAUUUUCUGACGUUCUAGACGUCACUAGACAUAAAAGUAAACACUGCAACAGGUGAAAGUUCCAGGACUGUAUUAGCUCAACGUACCCGUGUGUCUAAUAGCGUGGAGGUUACUGUAUGAUGUUUGACAAUGGCAUUUGUACUUUUCAUCCUACAUAAAAUUUCAAAUAAGCAAAAAAUUCUGUUUUUAACCCUUUUGUCUGGUUUUAUUACUUGGUUAUAUAUUUUUGAAACCUACUGAAAAUUUAGUUCGGAUAUUAGAGGAUGUAGAUGAAAAUCAUUCAUACUCAUAAUCAAAGUUAUGUUUAUUUCCUAUUGAACUUUAUUUUAUACAGAAAUAAAAAAGACACCUUACAAUUAUAUAAUUACCAUAUUUUCGAUUUGAAGUUGAUAACUGAUAUCUAAUUGUGCGAUUUUUAUAAUUCAGAAUACUUCUAAAAUGUGAAAGGAUAUUUAACAUCUUAUAUGUUUUUUUAACACUACUAUCAGGAGAUAUCAAUCAUUGUGAGAGAUUGUGUCAUCAUGUGUAUAUGGGGUGAUUUAAAAUUGUAGGUCAUAUUAUGUGUCUUCAAGUAAUAGGAAUGAAUUUACAGAACAUAUAAUUGUUUUUCAAACAGACAGACGUGUUUCAGUGACAAGACAGCUUUGUCAAGUGGUCUAUUUUGAAAUAUACUAGAUUUAAAAAACUUUCUGUCCAGUAAAAACGUAUAAAUAGCAAGUGUAUUUUAAAAAAAGAACAUUUGAGAAAGAUUACUUAGUGGAGGAAUUAUUGUUAAGUUAAAGUACCAAAUUUUUGAAACCAGUGUUUUACCAAAUUUUAUUGAUAUUUGACAUACCUUUUAAAACAUCCUAUAUACUAUUUAUAUUAUUUUUAUUUAUUAGUCAUUGUAAAUAUUGUAUGAUAGUUCUUUAUAUUUGCACUAUUUACAUUAAAUAGUGUUGCAAAACAUUCAUUUCCAUAUCAGUGCAGAGGUACCCAAUCGCUAAAAAUGAAAGUAAGGCAUUACCUUAGUGCAAUAUCGCAAUAUUUUAUGAUAGUGUUUUAAGAUUUAGAUAAAAUACUAUAUGGCUGCCUUUUUAAGCUUCACGUCUUUCAUCAAUGUUAUAAGAUAUUGGAAAAAUUCGAUAAUUUUUCUUAGUAGAAUUCAUUCACAUUUUUGUAACCUUUGGAACGCAUAAUUUGAGCCACACUCACGUCACUGAGCCACAAGCCCUUAUCCUUGCCGUACUGCUCCCCCAUAGGCCGAUCAGACACCAGCAUAUGUCUAAGCCUCAGAUUCAUAUUAGAAUUUUAAACUGAUGCGUUAGCCUUUUUUAUUUUUCUGUUCAUCGGGCCAGGAAUGGAACUCACAUCCACUAGAACACCUCGCAGUGAAGCGAAGUGAGGUCGACCGCCUGACAGCAUGGCUGUCAGACCGAGCUGAUAAUAUAAUACAGCACGGAAAAACUAUAUCAAAAGUAACCAAAACAAAAUUCCAGGGCUAAGGAAUAAGUGUGAACGAAAUAAGUAUAUUAUAGCCAAGUCAUGAUGGAUAUUAAGAGGCUACAUCAGCGUGUCAUCAAGGCGGAAAACGCGUUCCAAGAUUGCAGUUUUAAUUUUGAAUAUUUUGUCGAGUUAUUUGGCACACAUAUACGUAAUAUAGUAAAUACUGGCGGUACAGAGCCCGAUUUGAGAAAUAUGUUAAUAUGUAUGUGGAAAUGACUCUAUAAUUAAAUAAAAUAUUACAAAUGUACCGUAAAUGUUUGUACCGCCAUUAAAAAACAAAAAAAAAUGCACUUUCUUCAAAUACAGUUUUUUAUCCAAUGCCUAGAUUUUGUGUCACAUUGGAACUACUAAAAUUCAUUAUCUAUAACAAGAAAUCGAAUUUACUGACUGAUUUGGCAACAUAGAGAAAUAGUCACGAUUAUCACAUAUUUUAUAUUAUCACAAUAUUGUGCCUUCGUCUUUGAUAGGCUUCGUCUUGAUUAGUCUCAAAAAAGAUUCAGCAACAAAGACUCCAAUGGUUUUGGUUACAUCAGACAUAGAAAUGAGAACUAUGUGGUGAACAAAUGAUAGAGUUAGAAGUUGAGGAAAGAGGAAACCCAAGGAGAAGAUGGAAGGACUGAGUGGCAGAGGACUCAAGAAAGAUAACGAUUUAAAUGAAGAAGACACCUUUAGCUCUAUGCGGAAUUUUGUAACCUGACGCUCUUGCCCAAGAACAAUUAUUUAAUCACUUGUGCCUUUUCCUUCAUUAACUGCUUGUCAGUUACUAUUUCAAAUCAUUUACUCCAUUUCAAACUGCUCUGUACCUUGAGUUUUCAUUAUUCCAUUUAAAUAUGAUGUCUCGGUAUUGUAUCUUAUACUGGUUGUCAAUUAUAGUGCCUAUCUUUGUUUUUGAUCUAGCUUCCAUAUAAGCCAAUGGAAUUCUUCAAUCAAUAGGCAUUUACCGUUUUUCCUUGGAUCAUCAAUAUAAAUAUAAAGGCUAAAAUUUAUUGUGACGAUUAACUCGAUAAUGUAUUUUUGCGGCUUAUGAGAUUACUGUUGUUUUGUGUGUUUAUCAUUUCUUAUCACGUCAACAAUUUAAAAGUUGGUGCAUUUACCAAACUCCUCGAAUAUUUGUGUUUAAGGUGAUAAGUAAACAGUAAAUUUGAGGCUCAAUUUAAUACUAUUCAUCAAUUAUCGUCGCUAAAAAGUUCCUAUCAGAUAUCUUUGAAUAUAAUGUUGAUGUGAAUUCACUCUCUUUCCCACUGUGAACGACCCUUUAUCAUGUCUCAAUGAUGAAAAAAUCUAUUUUAUUUUGGAAUUUGUGUGACCUUUAUUCUAUAUAAAGGUCACACUAUACAGGGUGUCCCUGAAAAUAGUGCGUUCCUUUAAGGUAUGGAUAUAUUACACAAUGUAGAACAAAAAAGUCCUAUAACAUUUUUUUCUAAAGUUAACAGUUUCCAAAAAAAAUUACAUUGUUCUCCAUAAAGUAAACUUUUAUUUUCAUAAAAUUUAAAAAUUUGGCAUCACUGUACAAGAACUGUUAGUGAUUUAGGUUAUUGACACGAGAAAAAUGUAGGUCAGACAGGUACACCUGUAAAAUAACUAUACCAGGGGACCUUUGGCGGCAAUGGCCGCCGAAGGAUGUUUUAUGUAGAAUGAAAAAUUUAUUUGAAGUUAUCUAAAUAAUCCCCAAAGAAAAGUUAAUUUUUAGUUAUAAUUCGUGAAAGUGAAGUAGCUUAGUGUUAUUGUAGUAAAAUUAUGGCAAUUUAUCUUUAUUAAGGAAGAAUUAUUUUCGAGCAUGGUUGCUAAUGUGUUUGUUCUUAGUAAAAUGGAAUAAUGGAUAUUUGAAGAAAAGUUAUAUAUAUUAUUAUUUGUAAGGAUAAACACGUAGGUUGUGCAUUGCUUCGAGCAAGACUCGCAUAACCUACAUGAAAUGUGCUGGCAGAUGCACUUGUAUGCAAGCCAAAAAACGAAGAAGAAGAAUAAUUAUACCACCCCAUGUUUGAAAAUAACAAAACAAGAAUUUGUUUGUUUGUUUAGGAUGAAGACAGGGCUUAAUGUAAAUACUAAAGGCUAAUGUUGCAACUACACACACCGGCAAAAUUAGCCGAACACGUUAAAAAUGGGACAUGUUUGAUGUCUCGUAUUUCAUAAACCAGUGGUCCGAUUUGUGUGAUUCUUUUAGUAUGUUGUAGCCUUAUUAUUUAAGAAUAUCGUUGUAAUAAUAUUGUUGCUAGACAGGUAAAUACCAUUUUAUACCGGGUGUACCAAUCAUACUGUGUUUUUUUCUUAAAGUUUGGAACACCCUGUGGAAUAUUCUAGCAUAUGUAAAAUAUUAGAAUUAAUACUCGAUUGUAGACUUAGGCUUGUUUAACAUUUUCCUUUUCGAUUCAUUUACUUAUGUGAGAUAAUAAAAAAGUUAUGUGCGUUAACAACUAUCCAUGUUUUUCAUCAAUAAAUCCUCAUAGUAGGGGAGGAAAGUAUACUAAAUUUGCAGUUACUCGAGCGUUAUGGGAACCUAUUGGAUUGUGAAGAGUAUGUGCUAAAAUCAGAAAAAGGUUCUUCCAUAAAGUGGGGAACUUUUCAUUUUUUAAUUUAAUUUUCCAUUUGAAACAAUCAUUUUUCUCCGAUUAUAGCGCUGUCUAUCCAUAAUUCGAAAAAAUAUGUCGAAUAAAAGUUGCUUAUUUUUACGUAAAGAAUCCAAAUCUGCAAUAAAAAUUGGGGGCUCCUAUUUAAGAUUUUAAAUUAAAUCCCCACCCCACCUCCGUGGGGGCUCGUGACACCCCACGGAGAGGGGUGUGGGGUAGAUUAAAAAUUAUAAAUACGAACCCUGCGAUAUUUUGCGAAAUGAACAUCAGAUAGUAAAACUGCAAAAUACACCUAUUCAAUAUUUUUCAAAAAUCUACCGAAUGGCACCAAACACGACCCCCCACGGAGGUGGGGUGGGGGCUACAUUAAAAUAUUAAAUAGGAGCCCCCAAUUUUUAUUGCAGAUUUGGUUCCUUGACGUAAAAAUAAGCAACUUUUAUUCGCAACAUUUUUUCCUAUUAUGGAUAAAUAGCGCUAUAAUCGGAAAAAACGAUUGGUGGAAAUGGAAAAUUAAAUUGAAAAAUGGAGAGUCCCACACUUUAUGGAAAACUUAACUUAACUUUUUUUGGUUGUAGCACCCACUCUUCACAAUCCACUCCAGGUCACAAGAACGCUCGAGUAAUUGCAAAUUUAGCAUACUUUUCUCCCCUACUAUGAAGAUUUAUUGAUAAAAAAACAUGGCUUGUUGUUAAAGCACAUAACUUUUUUAUUUUCCAUCAUAAGCAAAUGAAUCAAAAAAGAAAAUGUUAAGAAAGCAUAAUUCUACAAUCGAGUUUUAAUUUUAAUAUUUUAUAUAUGCUGGAAUAUUCCACAGGGUGUUCCGAACUUUAAGAAACAAACACAGUAUGUUUGUUACACCCGGUAUAAAAUGACAUUUACCUGUUUAGCAACAAUAUUACUACACCGAUAUUCUUAAAUAAUAAGGCUAUAAUAUACUAAAAGAAUCACUCAAAUCGGACCACUGGUUUAUGAAAUACGAGACAUCAAACAUGUCCCAUUUUUAACGUGUUCGGCUAAUUUUGCCGGUGUGUGUAUUUUUGAAUUGUGAUUGUCUAUGUUUAGAUUUUUGUAUACAUAGUUGUCAGAUUUCAAUUUGCACACCAAAAUGUAUUUUGGUUUUUUGACCAAACGGUUGAAUUUAUAAAAAAAUGUUAUAAGACUUUUUUGCUCUACAUGGUACCUUCUACCUAUACCUUUAAGAAACGCAAUAUUUUUAGGGACACCCUGUAUACAUUUUUUUUAUUAAUAAAUGCACUCUUAAAAUAUUCAAACAAUUUUUUUAUUAAUUUUGAACAUCUUAUAAAUUCAAAAUGGCUGAUUUCCAAUUUCAAUGACUGUCCCAAAAUUGACGGCGGCCAUUUUGUACUAAGAAUCUGAAACAUAAGAUUCACAAAUAUUUCUGUUUAUUAUACUAGAAACCAUAGUGUGAACAUAAAAGAAACAAGUUAUAUAAAAAAAUGACAGCAGUUUAAAAAAGUUUUCGAAUUUUUUUUGCAAUUUUUGGCAGUUUGACGACCGAAAAAGGUAAAAAAAAAGUUUUACACGGCGACCAUAAUUUGUCGACAUACUAUUUGAUCGAUCGUUUUAAAGUUUUAGCCAAGUAUUUGUCACAUAUUUGAGUAUCGCUUGAACUAAAAUAACGCGGAAAAUUUUAAUUUUUUCUACUUUUUUCGGUUGUCAAACUGACAAAAAUUCAGUAAUUUCUUUAUAAAACUUGUUUUUUUUAUGGUGGAUCUCUUUUGACAUAAUUUCUUGAAUUAAAACUGUCAAAUUGUCACUUGGGAUACAAAUCGGUAAUGUUAGAGCUCUUGUGUAAUUACAAGUGAUAAUUCCGUAAUACAAAAUCAUGGUUGGCGGCAAUUCUGAGACAGUCACAGGAAAUCCGCCAUUUUGAAUUUAUUAGGUGGUGAAAAUUAAUAAUAGGUAUUUAUGUACCAAGUCAGUAAAGUUACUCUUUAUCGAACGAGUCUGAUAUUAUGAGCGGAGCGAGCGUAGCGAGCGAGGUUCCGAAUAACAGACGAGUUCGAUAAAGAGUCUUUACUGACGUGGUGCAUACAAAAUUUUAUCGCCAACAAUCUGAUAUUGGUUUUAACACUUACUUACAAUUUAUGAAUAUUUUAAAUUUUAGACGUACUAAAAAUUUGAUGAUAGUGAUGACAGAUGACUUUUGCAUGAUGUCCGCUUUCGAUUUUUAAUCGAUAGUUAUCAAUAUUGAAUAAUUACUAAAUCGGUAAAGUUUUGAUUUAUUUUAUAUGAAUAUAAUUACAAAAUAUUGCAGAAUUUCACUUUUUGACAUAAAUUUAAUUAACAAUGUCGUAAAUAAUUUACAAUAUUUUUAAUAAUUUAAGUAAAUAAAUUGUAAGUUAACUUAAAUAAAUAAUCAAUUACUGCCAUCGAUAAAUUCGACAAAAUUCUUUCAGUACAAUAAAGUGUUACUUUACUGCCGCAAAUGGCGUCAAAUGAGUACAAUAAUGAAUGACUUUAGUGACGGUUGGCGAUAAAAAAUAUUUUUUUACAUAUUUUCAGAGUGUGUUUAUUAAGCCAAAAAAAUGCAGAAUAAUAUAUACCAUAAAAGUUAAAAAAAAUCCAAAAUAAGUAGUUUUUUUCGAAAUUGACACAUGAUAAAGGUCCCUCAAUGUACCAGAAAAAUAAUAUUGAAACAUAAAGUUAGAAAUGCUUUUAGAACUGUUUCUCAUUGUUUUUUUUUUUAUUUCUAAACAAAAUGUUGUAAGUCUUGUGAUAUCUUCUUUGAUUGGCAUUAAGAAAUUGACCAAGAAUUAGGAUAGAAAAUGUGAAUGAUGUUUUUGUCUAUUUUGACAGUUAUAAGAAGUGAACGGUUAUAUAUGGGUUUAAAGUUUUUCCAGUUUCUUGUACCAAUAAUUAGAAAAGUAAAGAUGUCAGGAUCCUUAUCUACAUGAAACCCUAAAAAGUGUAAAAUACUAGUCACUUGUAAUCGAUUUGUAGAACAUUACUAUUUAUUAUUUUUAAUUUGAUUCAUAUUGGAAUUUUCUAAACAUUUUCGUUUUACUUUAUUUGUUCUGUUAAGAUUGUAUUUUAUUAUUGUUGGCUAUUUGUUUUACAUAAGAUUCAAAAAUCCUUAAUAGUAUUAAAAGUAUAGGUAGCAAAAUAUCUGGGUAAAGUAAUUGUCGUCUAUAUAGAUGGAAAUCCCGAAUUGAAAUAUACUUAUUUACUUAAA